UCCGAGAACAAGCUACGUCAAAAUCACCAUCAAUAUGACUCAUUCUAGUUUUGAGUUAACGUGCGAAAACUUUGUAAAUGUUUAGAGCUGCAUCACCGCUGAGCAGUUACCGGCUUGGAAAUUCUUUGGGAAAUCUUCAACGAGGAUAUGUCAGUUUGGAAAACUAAUGACCCACAAAUCGCGAAAAUUCUACUGAAAAACGGCUGGAGGGAGUGAAAGUUACCACCUCAUGAGAGAACCGGCCUAAUUGAUAGUUCUAAUUUUACUUGUAGAUAUGGCUUACUACAAAUGGCGCGUGGAACCAUUAACUGAGCGUCAUAAUAGCGAAUGAAAAGUAGAAAAAGACAAACACAAUAAUUAAACAAGAUAGGACGACUACAGCUAUGGGCACGGGCGCUUCUAGCGUUGAAAGGCAUCAAAGUACAACAUCUAUUGUCAGCGAUGAACUCAGGGACCCAAAAAGUGUUAUGUUCAAAAGCGCUCGCGCAGGAAAUGAAAGAGACUUAACUUUGGUUUUGCAACAAGGAAUGGAUCCAAACGAAAGAGAAUCACAAUUUUCAGGCUUACGAGCAUUGCAUUUUGCUGCUCGCCACGGUCAAUCACAAUGCUUGGAAACUCUCAUAAAAUGUGGCGCAGACGUGACAGCCGAAGAUUUCUAUGGCUGGCAGGCAAUACACGAAGCCGCGCUCAACGGCCACACCGAGUGCCUUGCAUUGUUAUUAGAGGGAGGUGCAAAGGUGGACUCUGUUGCGUAUAACAACAAUGGCCCUAACACGCCCCUUCAUUACGCGGCGAGACACGGCCAUAUAGAGUGCGUGAGACUGCUUUUAAUGCACGGUGCUGAUUGGAGGAGCGUCAAUAAUUUCGGCGAGACACCGCUGCACUGCACUGCUAUGCGUGGGCACGUGGAUUGCAUGCAGACACUUGUACAAGCAGGAGCUGAUAUCAACAGUGAAACCCGCGAUGGUCUUACGCCUGCAUAUUUCAGCGCUAUAUGUGGUCAUUCAGGGUACCUUAAAGAGGUAAUACGACAAGGUACGGAUAUCAACAGGAAGUAUAAAGCACUCCAGGUAACCUUGUUACACAACGCCGCUGAGACUGGUCAAUUAAAAGUCCUCAAGGCUCUUCUGCGUAGGGGCGCUAAUACAGAAAUACACUCUGGACCACGAUCUUUAACCCCAAUGCACCUGGCAGCGCGCAUGGGCCAAGAAAAAGGAAUCAAAUUACUGAUAAAAUACGGCGCAAAUAUGGAAGCGUUAUCAGCUAAUGGAUACACAGCUCUCCAUCAUGCUUCACGCUGUGGGAAACUUGAAGUUGGAAAGGUACUGAUCGCGUGUGGCGCAAAUAUUAACGCCAUUUCAGAGGAGGCUCACGAGACACCAUUGCACAUGUGCGUUCAGAAGCAUGACAGAGAGUUUACAAAGCUUCUUAUCAAAGCUAAUGCCGAUCUAAACAUCCGGGAUAGCAGUGGGAACCGACCGAUAGACAUGAAGCACCUUAACGACGAUGUCAUCAACGUCCUCAGGGCCGCCAUGUUUGAAAAGGAGAGAGUGAGCGCAGCGACAGGGAGCUGAAUUUCAAAUUCCCA